UCGCAACGGGUUUGCCGCCAGAACACAGGUGUCGUGAAAACCACCAGUAACUCAAACCCAAGAUGGGAAAGGAAAAGACCACAUCAACAUCGUCGUCAUUGGACACGUAGAUUCCAGCAAGUCUACCACUACUGGCCAUCUGAUCUACAAAUGUGGGGGGAUCGACAAAAGAACCAUUGAGAAAUUUGAGAAGGAGGCUGCUGAGAUGGGGAAGGGCUCCUUCAAGGAUGCCUGGGUCUUGGAUAAACUGAAAGCUGAACGGGAGGGCGGUAUCACCAUUGAUAUCUCCCUGUGGAAAUUCGAGACCAGCACGUAUUAUGUGACCAUCAUUGAUGCCCCAGGGCACAGAGACUUCAUCAAAAACAUGAUUACAGGCACAUCUCAGGCUGACUGUGCUGUCCUGAUUGUUGCUGCUGGUGUUGGUGAAUUUGAAGCAGGUAGCUCCAAGAAUGGACACCGUGAGCAUGCCCUUCUGGCCUACACACUGGGUGUGAAACAGCUGAUUGUUGGUGUUAACAAAAUGGAUUCCACUGUGCCACCCUACAGCCAGAAAAGAUACGAGGAAAUUGUUAAAGAAGUCAGCACCUACAUUAAGAAAAUUGGCUACAACCCUGACACAGUAGCAUUUGUGCCAAUUUCUGGUUGGAAUGGUGACAACAUGCUGGAGCCAAGUGCUAAUAUGCCUUGGUUCAAGGGAUGGAAGGUCACCCGUAAAGAUGGCAAUGCCAGUGGAACCACAUUGCUUGAAGCUCUGGAUUGCAUCCUGCCACCAACUCGUCCAACUGACAAGCCCCUGCGUCUGCCCCUCCAGGAUGUCUACAAAAUUGGUGGUAUUGGUACUGUCCCUGUGGGCCGAGUGGAGACUGGUGUUCUCAAGCCCGGCAUGGUGGUCACCUUUGCUCCAGUCAAUGUUACAACUGAAGUAAAGUCUGUUGAAAUGCACCAUGAAGCUUUGAGUGAAGCUCUUCCUGGGGACAAUGUCGGCUUCAACGUCAAAAACGUGUCUGUCAAAGAUGUUCGCCGUGGCAAUGUGGCUGGUGACAGCAAAAAUGAUCCACCAAUGGAAGCAGCUGGCUUCACAGCUCAGGUGAUUAUCCUGAACCACCCAGGCCAGAUCAGUGCUGGAUAUGCACCUGUGCUGGAUUGUCACACAGCUCACAUUGCUUGCAAAUUUGCUGAGCUGAAGGAGAAGAUUGAUCGUCGUUCUGGGAAAAAGCUGGAAGAUGGCCCCAAGUUUUUGAAAUCUGGUGAUGCUGCCAUCGUUGAUAUGAUUCCUGGCAAGCCCACGUGUGUUGAGAGCUUCUCUGACUACCCUCCUCUGGGCCGUUUCGCUGUUCGUGACAUGAGACAGACAGUUGCUGUGGGUGUCAUCAAAGCAGUGGACAAGAAGGCAGCUGGAGCUGGCAAAGUCACCAAGUCUGCCCAGAAAGCUCAGAAGGCUAAAUGAAUAUUAUUUCCAACACCUGCCACCCCAGUCUUAAUCAGUGGUGGAAGAACCGUCUCAGAACUAUUUGCCUCAAUGGCCUUUUGAGUUUAAUAGUAAAAGACUGGUUAAUGAUUACAAUGCAUCGUAAAACCUUCAGAAGGAAAGGAGAAUGUUUUGUGGACCAUUUGGUUCUUUUGUGUGUGUGGCAGUUUUUAAGUUAUUAGUUUUUAAAAUCAGUACUUUUUAAUGGAAACAACAUGACCAAAAAUCUGUCACAGAAUUUUGAGACCCAUUAAAAUAACAAAGUUUAAUGA